AAAACUUACAAAAAAGCAACCCUUAGUUUAUAUCUUAUUCAAGAAAAUAAAUAAAAAUUUAUCAAAUUUUAUAUAUAAUAACUGUUAACAUAAUAACCUCAGCCUCAACACACAUAUAUAGAGAGCCAAACAUAGAGAUUCCAGAAAGAAAAAAGAAAUCAUAGGUCCUCUGAGGAAAUUCCGAUUAGAUGACAGAAGAAGGAGAAUAUUCUCCGGCAAUGAUGUCAGCAGAUUCUUUCGUGUCCAUGAGGAAGAUGAAGAAGAGCAACCACAACAAGAACAAUCAGAGAAGGUUCAGCGACGAGCAGAUCAAGUCACUGGAGAUGAUGUUCGAGUCUGAGACGAGGCUUGAGCCAAGGAAGAAGGUUCAGUUAGCAAGAGAGCUUGGGUUGCAGCCGAGGCAAGUAGCUAUAUGGUUUCAAAACAAGAGGGCUCGUUGGAAGUCGAAGCAGCUCGAGACAGAGUUUAACAUUCUCAGACAAAACUACAACAACUUGGCUUCUCAAUUCGAGUCUCUCAAGAAAGAAAAACAAGCUUUAGUCUCUGAGUUGCAGAGGCUAAACGAGUCGAUGCAGAAAACAGAGGAGGAAGAAGAAAAGAAGUGUUGUGGAGGUGAUAAAGCGAUGGUGGCUCUAAGCAGCACGGAUCAUGAAUCAGAAAACGAAGAGAACCGGAGGUGCGAACCGGAGGAGGUUAGACCGGAGAUGGAGAUGUGUGAGAAGGAUCAUCAUGAUGAUGAUUAUGAAGAUGACGAGGGUUAUGAAAACAGCAUCAAGAGAGAGUAUUUUGGUGGGUUUGAGGAAGAAGCAGAUCAGCUAAUGAACAUUGUGGAGCCAGCUGAUAGUUGCUUGACAUCAUCAGAUGAUUGGGGAGGUUUCAAAUCAGAUACUACUACUGCUACUCUCUUGGACCAAUCAAGCAGCAAUUACCCAUGGUGGGAUUUUUGGUCAUGAAAGAAAAAAAAAAUGGAAGAUGAAAAACAUAUUUCAGGAAGUCUUACUAAAAAAGAUCAAAUAGAGAGAGAGAUUGGAUACAUAUUCAAAAUCGGAAUUUACCGGUCCGUGGCCAAACCAAACGUAUCCAUCACAUGACUCGAGCCAUGGAUAUAGAGAGGUCCAGCAAAUGAAGCAGUGGGAUUUUGAUCUGAAAUCUCAAGGUUUUGUUUGUGUGUAUAAAUUAUGUGUUAGAAAGUCGUAUAUUCUCGCAGUUAGUCUUUUAUAAUUCUGGUAAUAAGUAGUAUGUACUCAUCAUGCUUUGUAGCUACGUAGUAAGUUUUAAGGCUUGAUUUGGAUGAAUAAAAAAAUUCAAACGGCAGAGAGAAUCAUAUGUAUAUAUGUAUAAUUUAAUUCUGCAUCGAUAUAUAAGGAUCAACACAAGAAGUAAAGACAAGACAUCAUAUUAUACAAGUUAUACAACCAGCAUAUACAGUAUCCACAAAACAGAGCCAAAUAUAUCACUUCAAUACGGCGUCGUCUUCCAAGUUAUAGACCCUAUGGGCUUUUUAGCACUUUUAAUAGAUAGGCU